CAGGGGUCUGGCAAAAAAUAUUUUGCAAUACAAUCAACAACUUUGUUUUAAGUAUUCUUCUAUAAUUAUUUAAACAAACAGUUUAAGGAGUAAAGUAUACAAAAUUAAAUAAAUCAUAACUAAAAAGUAAUCAACCUUGUAACUUCAAAUACAACAACACCUAAUAUUGCAAAUAUUCGAAGCUAUUUUAUAUUUUUCCAAAUAAAUAUUUAGUGUUUAAGUGAAUUUUGUUAUGGACACAGUGGAAGAAGAAAAAAGCCCUCCUCCGUCUCCAAAACUGCCGGAUUACCAACAUUUUUUACCACCUCCUCAAAUAACAUUUUCAAAUGAAAUGCAAUCAAAAUACGAUUCAGACCAUGACAGCGUCGUCUCCUCUAGAAGACCAUCUGCCAUAAUAGCAGCUUUAAGAAGACCAUCACAGGCUAUAGCCUUAUCAGCUGCUCAAGCUGUAAUGAAUCAAAGAAGAUAUUUUCUUGGGCUGUUCCAGAAUCAAAGCGAGCGUUCUAUCUUGGGAAAAGAGGAUUUUGAUCAAAAGGAUGAAAAAUUAAAACGAUAUAACAGAAAGCUGGGAGACGAAUCAUUGACAAUUAUUAUAUCAGCUUUAUAUGCAAAACUGUUAGUAGUAUUGGGUAUGGCAUUUCCAAUAACAGAAAUAAUAUCACAGGAUGUAAAACCAUUUUUUUAUCAAGGAUUUUAUUUGUAUCUUUAUCUAGGAAGUAUUGCAUUUGUGUCGUAUAUGUAUGCUACUUAUGUUAAGGAAAAUACAGUACAGCAAAUAAUAAAUACGUACAAAAAGGGCAAUAAACCAGGGUUUAUAGAAAAACAUAAAUCACAUCCAGUUAGAUAUGGAAGUUUUUAUCUCAGAUUGGGUGCUAUUGCUUUUGGUAUUGGAAGCAUGGUAUAUUCGGGAUUGGAAUUCGGACGAUAUUUCGAAUUAAAGAACAACAUCGAAUGCGAUUCAAAUGUGCUUCAGGCUAUAACACCGGCAACCAGAAUGGCUUUGACUUUAGUGCAAGUUCAAUUUAUAUUUCUUAAUAGUAAGGAUUUUGAAUUAAAUAGACACAGGACAAUAGCAAGAUUUGGGUUAAUGCAUAUGAUAGCAACAAAUUUAUGUGAGUGGCUUAAUGUUUUGGUGGAGGAAACAAAACAUGAAAUAAUUCAUUUGGGAAAUCAUACAUUAGAUCAUACGAACGCCUCAAUGACUAAAAAAUAUUGUCAGGAGGGUGAUAUUAUGGGUUCAUUAGUAACAAAUGCAAGUCCAUUUCUAUUUCCAUGUACCAUAGAGUACAGCCUCAUUUGCGCUGUGAUUUUAUUCGAGAUGUGGAAAAAGGUAAAAACUGUAAAAAUUAAGAAUAAACAGAACAAAGAACUUGGCAAAAGUGCUACGUCUGGCCAUAAAGAUGAAAAAUUCACGCAGUAUUUUAAUUUUCCUCCAUAUAUUAACAACCCCACCAAUUCGAAUCAUUUCACUAUAGAUUGUUCCAAUGCACACAGAGGACUUUUUGCUGGAAUAAUGGUUAUAGUCCUAACAAUUAUUUCGCUAAUUAUGUUUUUUGUUCUUGCAAAAAAAGGAGGAACUUCAGAAAGCAAAAAGGUUGCCGAAUUUGAAGUCAGUAUUGUGGAAUUAAUAUUGUAUAUCAUAACCACUAUAGUUGUUGUUGUGGCUAUGUUUCAAAUGAGGGCACUAAAAUAUGAUAGAAAAAUUGGAGUGGAAGGUCAAGUCGGUAUAGGCCUGGAUAACACACUUUUAGUAGUGGCACAAACCGGAAUGUUUAUAUACUGCAUGUUUUCAAUAAUCGGCUGCUACUUUAGCAUGGACAACAGCCCCUCAGCUGAAUUGCUAGCCGAAAUAUUUUCAUUCAUCCAAACCUGCCUGCAAACAAUGUUUGUAUUGGACGGCUGGUGGAGGAAAUGUCGAAACAUGAACCAGGCAAAAAAUAAACCUGGAAGGGAAUUGAUAACGUUUUUAAUUGUUGCCAACAUGGCAAUGUGGAUAAUAAACACUCUAGAGAAAAAUAGAGCGGAGUUCAGGCAGACACAUUUAGACUUUUUUGGAGACUGGGCAUGGACCAUUAUCACUCAUAUUUCGAUGCCCUUGGCUAUAUUUUAUAGAUUUCAUUCAACGAUUUGCUUGUUCGAAAUAUGGAAGUCUGCAUAUAAAAUUAAAGCCUGCCAAAGGAACCCUUUCUUUUCCAUAAUUUAGCUUUUUUAUAUGAAAAUACAUUAACCUACAUAUAUAAAAUAUUAUUACUAUUUUGAGUAUCUAAUGUACUGGUUUCUUUAUAUUAUUAUUAAGGAAUAAAUUAGUAAAUAAAAGCUAAUAGGCUAUUUUUUUACUCUACCAGUUUUCUAUCCCUUUAAUUAAAAUUUAAU